GCUCCUACUGUUGGCCCCGGAGGACACCGGAGCUGGCUCCGGGACCAGAGGUGUGUGUGUGGGGGGGUCCCAGUGACCCCCCCACUGCUCCCAUGCAGGGGAUGGGGAGCCUGCGGCUGGGCAGCCGAGCAGUGAUGUACACGGCUGAGACCCUGCCCAAGGGCAAGAACCGAGUGAUGGGGACCAUCCAGAUCAUGACUGGCUUCAUGCACAUUGGCUUUGGGAUUGUCCUGACCACGCUGACCAACGUCUACACCUCCGUCUUCGUCAUCGGAGAGAUCCCCUUCCUGGGCGGCGUCUCUUUCAUCAUCUCAGGCUGUCUCUCCAUCGGGGCGGAGAAGAGCCCCACGGAGUGUGCGGUGAAGGGCAGCCAGACCAUGAAUGUCAUCAGUGCCAUCUUCGCCCUGCUGGGCAUCGUAGCCUUCAUCGUGGACCUCAACCUGAACGGGCUCUACCGCUCCAGCUUCAACUACUACAGUUACCUCGUCCUGCUCGCAGGGAAUGGCAUCUCCAUCGUGCUGCUCAUCUUCACCAUCCUGGAGUUCUGCAUCGCCGUGGCCACUGCCAACUUCUGGUGCCGGGCAACUCGCCUCAGCUCCAACGAGGCCAUGCUGAUCGUCCCCAGUGCCACUCAAGCAGACCUGGCAGUGCCAAUGGCUGACCUGCCCCAGCCUCCCAGUUACACCGAGGUGAUCUACGACCCGAAAGAACAACCCAGUUAGAAGUGCAACUGGGCCCUGGUGGGCUCCCAGGAGUGGCCUCCCAACCCUGCCUGCAUGACAGACCUUCUCCCACUGCCACCAGUGCUUCCCUCCCACCCUGGCGGGCAGCAUGCCAACCCCCAGCCCCUGGCAGCACCCUGGCAGUGGGCGCUCCUCCAGCCGCGAGUGGGCACGGGAGGGGGGGAGGGGGCUGAAGGAGACCCCACAAACACCACCAUCCCCCACGAUGGGGUGGUGGGUGCUGGGUGAGCACCCCAACCCUUGUUGCCCUCAGCCCAGAAGCAGCAGCAGCUUUUGGGUUCCUUUGCAGUUGGCCACCCAAGCAGCCUAGCGAGGUGCUGGCCCCGAGGGUGCUGCUGUGGGCCCUGCACCCUGAAACUCUGCCCCCUCAAGCUGGCUCCUUGCACCCAGGGCUACAGCAUCCUCCUCCUCCCGCCGUGCUGCAGGCUGUGGGGCGUGCUGGUACCCCUCUCCUCCCUCCUAAAAGCCAGGGAGCACCCCCAAAUCGACCCCUUCCCUGCCCACCUGCCCCUGUGCCAGGUCUCAGCGUGGGGCUCUCUGCUUGCUGGAUGCUUUGGAGAAGGCUUUCUCGGUGGUGGGGUCGGAAUUUUGGGGCUUCACAGGGAGUUCCUGCCUGUAAAUCUCCAGCUGGCUGCUGGGGUUCACUCACGUUGGGGUUGAGGACCUCCUUGAGGUCUAGUGGCCACGGAGGAGGUAGCUUAGAGAGCCCCCUAAGGUGGAGCUGUGGAGGCUGCUGGACCAUCUACCUCGGCUCGGACCCCCUUGGCUUUAUUCUACCUGGGAAAUAAAUGCUCUGUCCAGG